CUUCAGGUGGGCGGUCCCACAGGACCCAGGCCUGUCAGUCCGCUAGCUCUGCAGAGGAAGAUGGCGCCUCGAAGAGAGAGGCUCUCUACGCUGCCCCGGCUCCAGCUGCUAGUGCUGUUGUUGCUCCCGCUGCUGCUUGUGCCCCGGCCCAUAGCAGGCCAUGGCGGCAAGUACUCGCGGGAGAAGAACGAGCCCGAGAUGGCCGCCAAGCGCGAAUCCGGGGAGGAGUUCCGCAUGGAGAAGCUGAACCAGCUAUGGGAGAAGGCCAAGCGGCUUCACCUGUCUCCCGUGAAGCUGGCCGAGCUGCAUUCUGACCUGAAGAUACAAGAGAGGGAUGAACUCAACUGGAAGAAGCUGAAGGUGGAAGGCUUGGAUGAGGAUGGGGAGAAAGAAGCGAAACUGGUCCAUAACCUCAAUGUCAUCCUGGCCAGGUACGGACUGGAUGGGAGGAAGGAUACCCAGAUGGUACACAGCAACGCACUCAAUGAAGACACCCAGGACGAGCUGGGGGACCCCAGGCUGGAAAAGCUGUGGCACAAGGCAAAGACAUCAGGGAAGUUCUCCAGUGAAGAACUGGACAAGCUGUGGAGAGAAUUUCUGCACUACAAAGAGAAGAUCCACGAGUACAAUGUGCUGCUAGACACACUGAGCAGAGCUGAAGAAGGUUAUGAGAACCUUCUCAGUCCCUCGGAUAUGACCCACAUCAAGAGCGACACCCUGAGCAGCAAGCACAGUGAGCUGAAGGACAGACUGCGUAGUAUCAACCAGGGCCUAGACCGUCUGAGGAAGGUCAGCCACCAGGGCUAUGGCUCCACCACUGAGUUUGAAGAGCCUCGAGUGAUAGAUCUGUGGGACCUGGCUCAGUCUGCCAACUUCACCGAGAAGGAACUGGAGUCGUUCAGGGAGGAGCUCAAGCACUUCGAAGCCAAAAUUGAAAAGCACAACCACUACCAGAAGCAACUGGAGAUUUCCCACCAGAAGCUGAAGCAUGUGGAGAGCAUCGGUGACCCCGAGCACAUCAGUCGCAACAAGGAGAAGUACGUGCUGCUGGAGGAGAAGACCAAGGAGCUGGGCUACAAGGUGAAGAAGCAUCUGCAGGACCUGUCCAGCAGGGUCUCAAGGGCUCGGCACAAUGAGCUCUGAGGACCAGAAACCUCCAGCAGUGUACAGAGAGAGCUCUUGAAGACACCGGGAGCUGUCAGCAUGUCAUCGGCUUGCGUAGACCUGUGGUGACUGGUGUGGCUGAUCACAGUGGCAAGGAGGUCCCCUUGAAAUAUCAAGCUGAUCCUGCAGUGGCUGGCAAGGACUUCUUUUCUCUCAAGCAAGUGUAGCUGUCACCGCCCUGGUUGAGGGCCUUGGGUACAGCUACCAGUGAGAUAUGACUGGCCUCCGUGCCGCAGCAAAACAGUUUACAUUGAAAUCACAGAAAUCUGCCUGCCACUGGAAAUGUUCUGUACAGAGUCCUUAAAUACAUGGCAGGGUUUUGAGCCAUCGAGUCCUUGCCUGGUAUCUUGAGGGAUGGGUCCAUUGAGCCAUGGCAAAGUUACAGAUGGAAGGGGGAAGGGGAAGAUUAGUCUACCCGCUGGAAGCAUUCCCUUCCCCACCUCACUUCCCCUUCCCCCCUCUCACUCCCUGAGGGCCUGACCCCAGACAGUUUUGUUGUUGUUGUUUUUUGUUUGUUUGUUUUUUCGAGACAGGGUUUCUCCGUAUAGCUCUGGCUGCCCUAGAACUCACUCUGUAGACCAGGCUAGCCUCGAACUCAGAAAUCCGCCUGCCUCUACCUCCCAAGUGCUGGGAUUAAAGGUGUACGCCACCACUGCCCAGCCGAUCCCAGACAGUUUUAAAUCAAGAGAUUUCAGGACAAAGAUGGCAGAGGUGAAAGCCUGCAGGUCUUAUAGGUGGAACGUUUUCUGCCUCCCAGAAGACCCUGAUCAGCUUCCAUCAGAUUCAGUAUCUGAUGCCUCACACAGACUAGCCAAAAGUUCGGCCAACCCCAGAAGCUGAUACUGAAAGAUCAGGCCAUUGAGUUGGUUAGCUGCUGAAUCUCAGAUCAAAAGUUGAAAUCUGCCUAUCAGGAGGAUGCAGUUAACCAAGUUUAAGAAUAUCAAAGCUGGAAAGAGGUUCAGUGAAUAAAAUGCUCAUCCAGCAAGCUUGAGGUCCACAGUUCAGAUCUGCAGAGCCUUGGUGUGUUUACUUGCCUGUAGUGCCAGCACUUGAGAGGUGGAGAAAGGACAGCCAGGGCAAGCUGGCUAGCUAUCCCAGUCAAAGAAGCAAAGGUGGAGCAUGGUAGGUGAAGGCACUCUCCUUUUGAUGUGUGCACACUUACAUGUAUACCUAUACACAAGUGAUCACUCAUAGAUACUCCUGUAUGGGCGAAACCUCCAGGGCAUCAUGCAAGAAGCCUUUGAGUUAAGGACAGUACCCGCAAGGAACGGCAGGCAGUGUGGCUCCCUCACCCACGCUGUGUCUGCCACCAUCCAGGCCAGCUGGGAUGUGUCCCUCCCAGCACCAGUAAAUAUCUUCCCAGAGCCCUUAGCAGUGUCUGAGGCCCAGAGAAGUUCUUGUUGCUAGGGUCUCAGCUCUUCCUUUCACAUACUUGGGAACCCACCAAGGCCUCCCGUACCACACAGCCCAGCGGACUGGGACGACGCUGGGCCCCAGACACCAGGCUCAGAGUCAACUGCAGGGGGAAUGCCUGGCUAUCAGAUGCACCUUCACGAAUGUUUGUCUGCAUCCCUAGAGCCAGGGGCUGUGACUGCAUUCUAGGGCUUAGAAAUGGGCACGUGGAAGUAAAAUGUAUUUGUAGCAGUACACAGCCCAGCGAACCAUCUCAGCAAGUGAUGUAGAGCCCACAGCUAAGUUAGGGAGAAAGUGUGACCUAUGUGGGGGCUACCUGCUUCUGGAGCUGACCUCUAGUCAGGAGGCCACUUCUGACUAAGCUCUCAGAGGCCAGACCCUACAAAGCUCCCUGGGAGAAGUUGAGGUUCUGGCUAGCGGUGCUCUGCCACCUAGAAAAGGUGACUGAAAGCCCCCAGGCUGGCAGGUCAUCAGUCACCAUAUGGCGAAGAAAAACAGGUUCAUGCAAGUUGUCCUCUGACCAUGCGUGCUAUGGCACAUGAGUUCACACAAUGAAUAAAAUGUCUUUUAAAGCA